AUGGCUAUGGACAUCGGAAUUGUAACGCCAAAGAAGGAUGGCAUGAACUUGGUGGCAAAGGAGAUGAUGGUGUGUAAUCCGCGAGCUGGUCUGAUUCUCUCCACUGGUGCUGGUUCCGAGAUUCAGUUCACCACUUCCGGUCUUUACAAGGAAGAUGGCGAGAAGAAUUACCAUCGAAUUUCUAACCUGUUUGAUGUCGAGGCCUAUGCCGAUGCUUUCUACGCAGCUGCAACCGAACCUGUAGAGGUACGAGCAGCACAUGGAAAGCGACUGAGUGAAUUCAUUUUGUCCAAUGACAUUGAACGGUGGAGUGCCGCCUUUUUGGAUCCGAGCUGGACCCACCAAGUGAUCCGGCCUACUCAGGUGAACACAUUGGAGGACUUUUUCUCUCUGAUGAUGCGUACGAGGAACGUUCGACGGCAAAUUGUAGAUCGCGUACUGAAAGGAAUUCCAAUUCGUCAACAUUUCAUGAUAAGCAUCAGAAACGCCAAGGUCAGUCUCCUAUCCUGUACUUUUCUGCUACUGAUUACUAGUUCUUAUAGGAAAUGA